GGGUGACAGUGCUCGCUUGGCUGCAGAGCUGGUUUUAGGUGCUCCGGCACGGGAUGGCGGAGGCGCCUCCAGUCUCAGGUACUUUUAAAUUCAAUACAGAUGCUGCUGAGUUCAUUCCUCAGGAGAGAAAAAAUUCUGGUCUAAAUUGUGGGACUCAAAGACGACUAGACGCUAGUAGGAUUGGCAGAAGAAAUCAUAGUUCAUCACCUCCCUGUCAUCUCUCCAGGCAAGUCCCUUAUGAUGACAUCUCUGCUGUUCAUCAGCACAAUUAUCCUUCUGGAAGUAAACCUAAGAGUCAGCAGGCUUUUUUCCAUUCUUCUUUAAAUAAAUCACUCAAGAAUCAUGGUCUUCAGAAUCAACCUUGGCAAAAGUUGAGGAAUGAAAAGCACCAUAUCAAAGUCAAGAAAGCACAGGCGCUUGCUGAUCAGACCUCAGAUACAGCUAGGUUAGAAAGUGUGGCCAGAUCUGAAAGUGGGACAAACCCCAGAGAGCACAGCCCUUCUGAGAAUGAAAAGGAAGUUGUUAGUGCAGAUCCCAGGGGAGCAAAACCCAAAAAAGCAGCACAAUUUGUGUACAGCUAUGGUAGAGGACCAAAAGUCAAGGGGAAACUCAAAUGUGAGUGGGGUCAUAGAGUGACUCCAAAACCUGAGGAUGCUGGACCUGACAAUACGAGACCUGUGGGGCUUUCCCAUUCUGACUCUUCAGAUAUAUCCAGUAGAAAGGGGGUAUUGGAUGGGUAUGGAGCUAAACGAAAUGAGCAGAGAAGAUACCCCCAGAAGAGGCCUCCUUGGGAAGUAGAAGGGGCCAGGCCAAGACCAGGAAGGAAUCUACCAAAACACGAAGGUCAACGACAUACAAAUGCAGGAUCCAAACAUAUGACUCCCAUUCCAAAGGAUAAUCUUAAUGAAAGACCAACACAGUCUGCCUGUGACAGUGGAAAUUUGGCAAUCAUCAAUAAGUCUUCCAGAAGGGUUGACCAAGAAAAAAAUGUUAUAAAGAGGCAAGAUCCUAAAGUGGUAUCUUCUUUUCCUCGGGGCAAACAGAACCUUGUGCUCAAGAAUGUGGAAACACAUACAGGUUCUCUAGUUGAACAGCUAACUGCAGAAAAAUAUGAGUGCAUGGUAUGCUGUGAAUUGGUUCGAGUCACAGCCCCAGUGUGGAGUUGUCAGAGCUGUUAUCAUGUGUUUCAUUUGAACUGCAUAAAGAAAUGGGCCAGGUCUCCAGCGUCUCAAGCAGAUGGCCAGAGUGGUUGGCGGUGCCCUGCCUGUCAGAAUGUUUCUGCACAUGUCCCUAAUAUCUACACUUGUUUCUGUGGCAAGGUAAAGAAUCCUGAAUGGAGCAGAAAUGAAAUUCCACAUAGUUGUGGUGAGGUUUGUAGAAAGAAGCAGCCUGGCCAGGAUUGCCCACAUUCCUGUAACCUUCUCUGCCAUCCUGGACCAUGCCCACCCUGCCCUGCUUUUAUGACUAAGACAUGUGAAUGUGGACGGACCAGACACACAGUCCGCUGUGGCCAGGCUAUCUCAGUCCACUGUUCUAACCCAUGUGAGAAUAUUUUGAACUGUGGUCAACACCACUGUGCAGAGCUGUGCCAUGGGGGUCAAUGCCAGCCUUGCCGGAUCAUAUUGAACCAGGUAUGCUAUUGCGGCAGCACUUCCCGAGAUGUAUUAUGUGGAACAGACAUAGGAAAAUCUGAUGGAUUUGGAGACUUCGGCUGUUUAAAGAUAUGUGGCAAGGAUUUGAAAUGUGGAAGCCAUACCUGUUCUCAAGUGUGCCACCCUCAGCCUUGUCAGCCUUGUGCACGGCUUCCCCAUCUAGUGCGCUGCUGCCCUUGUGGCCAGACUCCUCUCAGCCAAUUGCUAGAACUUGGAAGCAGUGGUCGGAAAACAUGCAUGGAUCCUGUUCCCUCAUGUGGAAAAGUGUGUGGCAAGCCUCUGCCUUGUGGUUCUUCAGUGUUUCCCCUUCUAAUUUGUGAUUUCCAGUUAUUUGGAUAUAGUAACCAGAAAAGGUUUACUAGAAUUGGGCCUGAGCUUCCAUGUACCAGUCUCAAAAGUGAAGCAGAUGCUACAUUUAUGUGUGACAAGCGGUGUAACAAGAAGCGGUUAUGUGGACGGCAUAAAUGUAAUGAGAUAUGCUGUGUGGAUAAGGAGCACAAAUGUCCUUUGAUUUGUGGGAGGAAACUCCGUUGUGGCCUUCAUAGAUGUGAAGAACCUUGUCAUCGAGGGAAUUGCCAGACAUGUUGGCAAGCCAGUUUUGAUGAAUUAACUUGCCACUGUGGUGCAUCAGUCAUCUAUCCUCCAGUUCCCUGUGGCACUAGGCCCCCUGAGUGUUCCCAGACUUGUGCCAGAAUUCAUGAAUGUGACCAUCCAGUGUACCAUUCUUGUCAUAGUGAGGAAAAGUGCCCCCCUUGUACUUUCCUGACUCAGAAGUGGUGCAUGGGCAAACACGAGUUACGAAGCAACAUCCCUUGUCACCUGGUUGAUAUCUCUUGCGGAUUACCCUGCAAUGCCAUGCUUCCAUGUGGGAUGCACAAGUGUCAGAGACUUUGUCACAAAGGAGAAUGUCUUGUGGAUGAGACCUGUAAGCAGUCCUGCACCACUCCCAGAGCCAACUGUGGCCACCCAUGUAUGGCAUCCUGCCACCCCGGCUUACCCUGCCCUGUGACCGCUUGUAAAGCCAAGGUAGAGCUACAGUGUGAAUGUGGAAGAAGAAAAGAGAUGAUGAUUUGCUCUGAAGCAUCCAGUACUUAUCAAAGAAUAGCUGCUAUUUCUAUGGCUUCUAAAAUAACAGACAUGCAGCUUGGAGAUUCAGUGGAGAUCAGCAAGCUAAUUACUAAGAAGGAAGUUCAACAAGCCAGGCUAGAAUGCGAUGAGGAAUGCUCAGCCUUGGAAAGGAAAAAGAGAUUGGCAGAGGCAUUUGAUAUCAGUGAUGAUUCUGAUCCUUUCAAUGUAAGAUCUUCAGGCUCAAAAUUCAGUGAUAGUUUGAAAGAUGAUGCCAGGAAGGACUUAAAGUUUGUCAGUGACGUUGAGAAGGAAAUGGAAACCCUUGUGGAGGCUGUGAAUAAGGGAAAGAACAGUAAGAAAAGCCACUGCUUCCCUCCCAUGAACAGAGAUCACCGCCGGAUCAUUCAUGACCUGGCCCAAGUUUAUGGCCUGGAGAGUGUGAGCUAUGACAGUGAACCAAAGCGCAAUGUUGUGGUCACUGCCAUCAGAGGGAAGUCUAUUUGUCCUCCCACCACGCUGACAGGUGUGGUUGAAAGGGAGUUGCAGACACGGCCUCCACCACCAAUUCCUCAUCACAGACAUCAGGCAGACAAGAAUUCUGGGAGCAAUAAUUUACAGAAGAUAAUCAAGGAGCCAAUAAUUGACUACUUUGAUGUCCAGGACUGAGAAGAGGACGAUGCACUUAAGACGAUGAUUAGGUGUCGUAGAUGGAGACUCACUUACCAGCAGAUUAAUCAUACUUGUUUCUCUCUGCCUGGCAGAAUCACAGUCUUACAUGCUGUUUUACACUGUGUCAGUGUCUUCCACUGAUACAUCUGAAGCAUGAAUGUGUCAGAAAUCCCCUUGUCCAUUUUUAUCUGUAUAAAGUGUUUCACCCUGGCCAGAUCUCUGAUUGGUAUAGUCACUAGGUUUUAGUCAUUAUUUUGAGGCUCCUCACAUCAUCACUGUAAUUGCUCUGAGGAUUGGAGGAAUAUUGAAUUUUAUUUGAACAAACCAGAAUUUUAUCCCCAACCUGACUUCAUGGCAUCUAAUCAUAGUCUUAGUUAUUACAUUUAUUCAUUUUCCUGAAAAUGUCUACAACAUCCGAUGGACCUCACAUGGAAUCACAUGACAUCCUAAAUGCUGCCAUCCUAUGCAAGUUUUUUGCCAAACACUGACACUUCUAUCUAGCCAAAUUUCUUUUAGUGUUAUCCAUUUUAGGACAGUCAGGUUGCUUUAUAGAAUUCCAUUUUCCCAAGUCCCUGCAUCUCUUCACACCACAUCAGCAAGCCUGUGUGUUGACAGUUCGGUCCUCCCUCAUUUGUGGAGGAUGUGAAUCGAGUUCUCCUUUUGGCAGAUUCACAUUGUAGCCCAUGGGAACUGAUCCGUGUAGCCCUAACUCCUCUCUGAUUGAUAAAGAGUCUCAGACGAUU